GUGCCGUCGCGUUCCCGGGGCGUGUCCCGGUGCCGUGGGCGGGCCGCGCCGAGGCCGCCAUGGCGCUGAACGGGGCCCUGGCGCUCCGUGUCGCCUACGCGUCCUUCGGUGCCCUGAGCGGCCUCUCGGCCUUCUGCGCCUGGAGCGUGGUGCCCGCGCUGCGCCAGCCCGGCACGGCUGCGGCCGGCGGCCUCUCGGGUGUGCUGGCGCUCUGGGCCCUAAUCACGCAUGUGAUGUACCUGCAGGAUUACUGGAGGACCUGGUUAAAAGGGCUGAGGUUCUUCCUCUCCGUCGGGAUCCUCUUCUCUGCCCUCUCCGGGCUGGGCUUCUGCGCCUUCCUGGCCCUGGCCAUCACCCAGCACCAGUCCCUGACUGACCCCAAGAGCUAUUACCUGUCCUGCGUGUGGAGCUUCAUGGCGCUCAAGUGGGCGCUGCUGCUGAGCCUGUACUCGCACCGGUACCGCGCCGAGUUCGCCGACAUCAGCAUCCUCAGCGACUUCUGAGCCCCGGGGCAAGGUGUGAGAGAGGGCACAGACACUGUCUGUCUGUCUGUCUGUCAGUCUGUCCCAACAGAGGGCUUUUCCUGCUGGCUUUUCCUCACUCAUCGCUGCUGUUCU